AUGGAGGAUCGCGAUCCGGAGAAGCGAAUUUCACAGAUUUCGACCUCAAGUGGCGCGUCGAGCGGGAAGCGCAAGACGCACAUUGGACCUUGGCAACUCGGGAAGACUCUUGGGAAGGGUUCAGCUGGCAGGGUUCGACUUGCCCGACAUCAUGCUACUCGAGAACAAGUUGCCGUCAAGAUCCUACCCAAGCAUGGACAUACCAUGACUCAAGCUGGUAGUCUUGCUGCCAUUGACGAUUGGGACCGGCGGCAGCCCGAGUUCGCUUCGGAGAAGCGCAUGCCCCUCUCUAUCGAGAGAGAAGUUGCCAUUCUGAAACUCAUCGACCACCCCAACAUCAUGAAACUGUAUGACAUCUGGGAGAACCGAUCUGAAAUUUACCUAGUCCUCGAAUAUGUUGAACGAGGCGACCUCUUCGACUAUAUCAAUUGCAACGGCACCAUUCCGGAGCCCGAAACCAUUUAUUAUUUCCGGCAAAUUCUUAGUGCCCUGGACUAUUGUCACUCAUUCAACAUCUGUCAUCGCGACCUAAAGCCUGAGAACAUUCUCCUAACAACCACUGGCCAGGUCAAAAUUGCCGACUUUGGUAUGGCGGCAAUUCAGCAGAGCCCAAGCCAUAAACUUAAAACAGCUUGCGGAAGUCCUCACUAUGCUGCCCCCGAGUUGGUGGACCGCAAGCAGAACGGCUACUCGGGCGCAACCGUGGAUGUAUGGAGCUGCGGCGUAAUCCUUUAUGCCUGCCUUUGUGCUUGUCUCCCUUUUGAUGAUGCAGACAUGGGCCGACUCCUCGCCAAGGCCAGAAAGGCCAUUUAUCCCGAGCCCCGGCACCUCAGCCCAGGAGUCAAGAGCCUUUUGCGAAAGAUCCUCAAGCCGAACCCUUCGCAACGAAUCACAAUCUCUCAGAUCUGGGAGGAUCCGCUUAUCGUUUCUUACGACUACAUAGACGAGCUCAACGGAAAACGACAUGAUGACAACUUGGAUGAUAUUCGCAAGUACGGACGGAGCACUCGCGUGGCGCCUCAGGACAUUGACAUGCAGACUUUGCGCCAACUUCAGUCCAUGUGGCACAUGUUCACAGAGAAGCAACUGGCUUCCAAGCUUGUAGAUAAUGAAUCGAACGAUCAGAAGCUCUUCUACUGGCUGCUCUACAACUACCGGGAGAAGCGACUAGAAAACUACGCUGGCGACAUAACGCAUUCCCCGAGUGACUACCACCUCCUGCGUCCUGCCAAUUGGACCAAGAAAUUCACAACUCUCGAGUUUCCCGCCCGUUAUGGUAGAAUUCCGUCGCGAUUCACGGUUAUCUCCAAUGUGGCUACGGAUGACGCCGCCUUGGAAACGGCCACGGACGCCGGUACGAUCCACAGCUAUGAUCCUUACAAAUCAUCGCGAAUCAUGGAUGGUCCAGCAGCCAGCCAUGCCAAAAUCACUGUUCAUCGCAAUGGUAGCAUGGUAAGAAGCUCUACACGAGCAUCUAAUGUUCACAGAAUGAAAAGUGGCUCGGUGAGAAGCAAUUCCACAUAUUCUAGGCGUGGAGGAAGAGGCCACCAUAUCGCUGCAUCAGCGGGUUUGAUCUCUUCGCGUCGCUCUUUAACAUCUAUCAAUAGUGCAAAUAGUACUCCCCACAAGCGGCCGAUUUCUAGACCUCGGCGAGGAGUGAAUUUCAACCAUACUCGCGGGAAGUCAUUUGGACAUGGUCGCAAUGGGUUUAAAAGGGGUCCUGCCAGUAUUGCUGGCGAUGAUACGACUUUCAAUCGAGACCAUGCCUCACCCACUGGCCCGAAGAGACAGUACAGGGCGUCUUCUGCACGCACUGGAACGCAGUCGAUGGUUCUACCAGGCUCUAAAAACCCCCAUUCAUACUGGAACGACGAACUGCGUCUGUUUAGUCACAGCAUUGCGAAAGACUGCGACGAGGCUUUCAGCAGCUCUUUGCUAUUGCCAGAGUCUGUGAUGAACUUUACUCAUGACACGAAAUCAUUGUUCUCUAGCAUGGCUACGCCGACUCUGGCCGGAUCUACCAGUAAUGAGGCGAAGCAUGAGACGUUUAGAUGGGACAAUCGACCACUUCCCCUGGCUCCUCCUCCGACAGAUUCGGUUCUCCACGAGAUAAUGAUGGCAAAGAAGCGCACAGCUCAACGUGGAACCUUGAAAGAUGAGUCACCUGGCCACGUUGAUCGCAUGAUGGAGCAUCUCGACAAGUUGACACCAGCCGGUCAUUCAAAGGACAACGAGAGUCUUCGAAGCGUCUCUGCGCCGAUAUUUUCUCAAUAUAGCACGCAGUGGGGCAAAGAUACGAUUCCUUUGCCGUCGAUCCUCGAAGGCCAGCGAGAGUCAUCGAUAGGUGAAACUAGCCGGCAACGCAUCGUCUCUGCUCCUGUAGGUGAUACACCCGUGGCGCAGUCGACUCCAAGGUUUGCUUUCGAGGGGCAUGGGCUUGAUUAUCUAGCUCGCCAGGAGGAAACGAUUCGCAUGGUCAUGUCACCAUCGAAUCAGCAGGGUCCAGUUGAAGUCCCUGCACCACUCAACAUCCGCAAGAAGAAGCCGCCCCGGGCUAUUUCGGCGUACCCUCAGCCGCGGCAGGAGAUGAGCCUUCGACAACAGUAUGCUUUCGACGAAAUUAGAGAGCCGAUACCGGAAGAACCGUCAACUCCUGCGCCUGAUGCUCGGCCUGGCGCUGUCCGCAAAAAGUCUUCCUGGUUCAAUCGCACAUCAAAGGAUAAGAAUGAUGUCUUCGGCUCGAGUGGGGGUUAUAGUGCUGAUCAAACUGAGAACACACCUCAGACGGACAGCACAAUUUCAACAGCCCCAAAGAUUUCUCCUGCUAAGAAGAGAAGCUUCAGCCUUGCCUUCUGGCGCAACUCCAAACGUCAAGAUGAUAUGAAACUUUCUCUUGCAGAUAUCGAUUUUGACGACGAUACUAGUCCAGAACCAGUCCGCAUGUUCAGUCACCCUGCUCGACCGCCCCACAAUGGCACGUGGAAAGACAAUGUUGCCAAACGCAAUAUCGAGCCACAGCAGAACUGGCUUGCACGCUUGUUCCGCGUCAAGCCUGCUACGCAACAUCUUUGCUUCAACAUAUCGCGACGGCGUACGAGGCAGGAGAUCGCCAUCUUGUUGAAAGAAUGGCGCCGCUAUGGUAUUCGUGACGUUCAAGUAGACAAGGAUCGCAACAUUGUUUUUGGGCGCGUGGGCCAAAAGAAUUAUCUCAACAUGAAAGAGGUUUCCUUCGCCGCCGAGAUCAUGACUGUUAUAGAACAUGGCAAGCGUAACCCACUCACUAUCGUUCGCUUCACGCAAGAGCGAGGUGCUGCGAGCAGCUUCCACAAAGUCGUCGACACAAUGCACACCAUUUUCAGCGUCCGAAACUUGCUCGUUGUUGAUAAGCGGAAGGUCAAGAUGAUGAUCAAAACUCUUGAUUCCAGAUAAGUCCCGACCCCAGCC